AACGUUGUGGGAUCGACAAACGGUGAAUAACUACUGUAUCGACAAAGAACCUUCGGACUGGAAAGAAACAAUUUUCUAUAGACAUGGAAAUUUACGACGAUGACGACGUUGAUCGACGUAUCCGCCCACAGCAGGUACGAAAAACGGAAUUGAAAUUGACAAAUGGUGAUGAUGAAACAAAUGAUACCAAGAUGAACAAACGGCGACGAUUGAGUAAGAAAGAACGGAAAGAUAGAAAAAAUCUGCAGAAGAAAAAUAAAAUGGAAGUCAAGAGUCUCCAAACUAAUGGUCAUGAUAAUAAUCAAGAGGAUGUCGAAGGGGAAGAAGAGCGAAUUCGUGUUGAAUGUAUGGAAACAUAUAGUCCCAUCGAUAUCCCGGAAGAGCCACCGAUGGAACUCGCAUCGCAAGGUGAAAAAAGCAAAGUGAACAACGACAAGAAAAUUGCAAAUGACGAAGGAGAAUGUCGAACUCUCGGAAAGUGGUUUCCGAAUGCGAUUCUUAUUAAAUCAAUUAGCUACACAAAUACUGGUCAAUUCAUUACAAAUAAGAACUGCCAGAAAGAAAACAGACAAAUGAAAGCAAACGAAGAAGACUUGAUCGUGGAUAAUCCUAGAUCGUCUCUUGUUCUUUUUUAUCAGUACACAACAAAUGAUGGCAGUAGUGACGUCACUAACAACGAACGGAACAAAAAGUGGGAUCGUCGACAACUCCAGCUACUAAUUACGUACUUGUCUACCAUUGCUCAUCGUCGGAAUUUAGGCGGACGUAUCCGAGUCGCCACAGAAGGUGUGAAUGCGACCAUAUCUGCUGUCGAUACCACUGAAUGUACCGCGAAAGCUGCUUUACGUCACUUUGCGGAAGAUCUCCGUCGAUUUGGUAAGUAUCUGUUUUGAAUUAAAAACUAUUGUGAUCUUUAUCGGUUAUCCUUGAAAUUCACCAAUGAAUGCCUUUCCAUCCUUAGACCCGAGGGUUUUUUCACAUACAGAUUUCAAAUACCUUGGUACGUAUCUGUGUUGAACGAAACUGAUUAUUGGUGCUUGCACGAUGGAGACUAACCUUUAGGUUCGUUUAACCUCCACAAUAAUCGCGUAACAGACGAUUUACCUGCUGACCGACAAUUUAAGGAAUUCAAAAUUUUCCCUGUCCAGGAAUUGGUUUUUUAUGACAUCGGUGAGACGGACGCACCACUUGAUAGUGACAAGUUAGUGAAAAAAUAUGGAAACAACUCGAACAGUGAAUCGGAAGUUAGCGGUGGUGGAAUACACUUGGAUGCUAGUUCUUUCCACGAAAUGCUGCAAAAAGACAACACAGUUGUUAUCGAUGUUCGGAACAAUUACGAAACUAUUUUAGGCCGGUUCGACGGACAGCAGCGCCAAAAGGAGGGACCCACUGAAAAAAUAGACUCACGAGGCUGUUCUUCUUCAGGUACAAAUGGCGGUGCAGAAUACAUCGAUCCAAAAAUGCGCAAAUCUACCGAUUUCAAAUCCUGGCUUGCCAAACCUACGACCCAAGAAAAACUAGGGAACAAGACCGUCUUGAUGUACUGUACUGGUGGAAUCCGUUGCGAACGAGCCAGCGCAUACUUGCGAUCAGAAAUGAAGGACAAAGUUAAAGGGGUAUACCAACUAAAGGGAGGUAUCGAGCGGUAUUUAAAGCAAUUUAAAGACGGUGGAUUCUGGCGUGGGAAAAAUUUUGUCUUCGACAAACGCGAGGCUGUUGGCGUCGACAACCCACAUGGAGAUGGAGGAAUUCUCCGGAAAGUAGAAAGAAGACAGCGGAAAAUGCACGAAAAGAAGACUGAAGGCUCACCUCUCACCGCCAAGUGCUGCGUAUGCGGUGACUCCUGGGAUCGCUACGUCGGAAAAAAAAAAUGUUUAACGUGUGGUGUACCAGUAUUGAUGUGUGAAAAGUGCAUGUCACUGAAACCGGAUAAAACUCCUGGAAUGGAAUUGAAAGUCCGCUGUCCCCUUUGCGUGGAGGAAGGAGUCACCGUGCUUGCGAAAGAAUUAGUAUUUACCGCCAACGGUAUCAAAAACAAAAUUGUAUCUUCGGCGAAAGCAGCGAUAUCGGGGAAUAGUGUUGAAAAAGUUUCUGGUGAUUACCGCAACAAAUGCGAGAUCGUCGAUAAAGAAUACGAAUCGAAAAAAAAUCUUGGCGGAACUGGAAAAGCUGCAGAUUCCGUUUUAAAAUGGGGUGGGGGGCAUGCUAUCAACAAGAAGAAACUCAAGAAGAUGAAACGUCGAGUUUGCCAAUUUGGAGCCGAGUGUGUUCGAAAAGACUGUUUCUUUUAUCAUCCUCAACGAGAAUCAAGUUUUAAGGCAACGACUGAAGGGAAGAAGUAAUUUUUUUCUUUUGGAAGCAUCUUCCAUUGCACACUUCAAAGUGGAUUCUUCAAACAUAUGAACUUUUYGCUUCGAAGGCAUGCAGUUGGCAUCGAUAGACUUUCUAUGUGGCUACCGAUAGACACAGCAAUAGAUCACGUUCUCCAUAGGACUACACUACAUUCUACGUUGAAUAAACAGUAUCGUUAUCA